GGGUGGGCUCUGGGGGGAGAGGGGCUCACCCGUCCCCUCUGGGAAUAUGGCGACUGGUGGCUACCGGACCAGCGGCAGCGGCAGCAGUGGCGGCGGCGGCACCAGUGCCACCACCACGGACUUCCUGGAGGAAUGGAAGGCAAAGAGGGAGAAGAUGCGAGCCAAGCAAAAUCCCCAGGGCCUGAUUAUUGCCCCUGUAGUCAUGGGGGGAGUAGGAGGAGUGGGUAGCGACGGGGUCGGCAAGCUCCCAGCUGGAGGGCUGGGGGCUCCCACCUCCUCCCCUUCGUCUGCCACACUGGCCAACGAGCUCAACAACAACCACCCCCCCAGCGCGCUGGCACCUGCUGCCCCCGCCCCCGGGGGCGUCAAUUACACCCUCACCUCCACUUCUGGCUCGGCCGCGGCCCGAGCCCCCCCGGACUCCCGGAAACCCGAGGAAGAGCUUCCCAGCACUUCAAGUGCUGGGGUCGCUCCGGCGGCACCCUCCUCGUCCCAGGGCACCCCAUCGGGGACCCGAACCACCUCAGAUGCCGGGGUACAGUCCGCCUUGGGCGACAGGGAGGACCGGGACAGUGCCAAAGAGAAAGGGAAGAGCACGGGCCCCAGUGCCAGGAAAGGCAAGGGGCAGAUCGAGAAGAGGAAGCUUCGGGAGAAGAGGCGAUCCACUGGAGUCGUGAAUAUUCCGGCUGCAGAGUGUCUAGAUGAAUAUGAAGAUGAUGAAGCAGGCCAAAAAGAAAGGAAAAGAGAAGAUGCUAUCACACAACAGAAUACUUUACAGAAUGAAGCUGCAACGUCAGACCCUGGUGGUUCAUCCCUAUUGCAGGAUACAUCUAGGACUGUUUCAGGUAGAUAUAAAAGCCUAAGUAUUACUCCUGAAGAUGACGUCUCAGGUCGACAACCUCGAACAGACAGGACAGGGUCUAGGUACAGCAGGGAUUCAGCUGCUUCUGCUAAUUCAAUCAUAUUGGAAAGGAAAAUUGAAGAUCUUGAAAAGGAGGUAAUGAAAGAGAGACAAGAAAACUUAAAACUCCAGAAACUGAUUCAGGAAAAAGAAGAAGUAAUUGGACAACUCAAAGAAGAAAUUGAUUUAUUAAAUAGGGACCUAGAUGACACAGAAGAUGAAAAUGAACAACUAAAGCAGGAAAACAAAACCCUUUUGAAAGUGGUUGGGCAGCUGACAAGGUAGAAGAUCCCAGCCUCAGUGAGGAGAGUGAUUUAUAAACUACUGAUUGAAUGUUGAGGUCAAUGCUAGGGCAAUAUUUCCCAUGCUGCAAUACAUUAAAAUAACUAAGUGUGUAUUUAUUUCUUGGAAACUGAUGGAUGUUUAUUUUCAUAAUAUUUUUCUUUUUCAAUAUCAAUAAAAAAAAUAAGGUAUCCACCUCAUUUCAUGAAUAAGCAACAUUUUUCAGUUAUUGAAAGAGUUGAUAAGGGGCUAUGAAAUUCUCUAGUUUUAUAUAUUCAGAUAAUAUAUGUGGUCCAAAAUGGCUAAGAGUAUAUCUUCACCUCUGGUGUUGCAUCUCCCUCCCUCCCUUAAAAAAAGAAGGAAGGAAGGAAAGAAAGAAAAAGAAAAGCAUAAAUCUUUGUUUACAUGAAUCCAAAUAUAUUUUGGGAGUCACUUGCUGUUUGAACAGCUGUAAAGUGCAGAUGCCUUAUUAGUGAUGUAUAACAUUUUUGUGUAUUGAUGGUACACUCUGACAAAAAUCUUGGUAUACCAUUGUUCAUGGGGGUUUGUUUUUACUUAUUCUAAGAGAUUAGAAUAAUAGGCUAGCUCUGUUAUGUAUUGCAGUCAUCUUUUUAAAGGAAAACUGUUAAUGAAAUUACAGUCAAUCUCAUGUCGUAGAGUUCAGCUAGAUAUAAUUCUUUGUCUUUAGAAAAGUACUUGAAUUGUGCUCCAUAGUUAGUAUAAAUUUACCAUCUUGGGUCUGUAUAUUGAGAAUUUAAAGAAAACGCUUUAACUUCUGCAAAAACAUACAAAGGUAAUGUUUAUGUAAAUGUUCUGAUGAAGUCUGUAGGUACUAUUUUUUAUUGUUUGGAGAAGGUUUAUUAGAACAUGUUUGUAAAGAGAAAGGUAAGAGAACGUGUUUGUAAAAAGAAAAAAAAGGAAGUUCAUUGUUCAAGCCUAUACACAAUUUCAGUUUAUAAUAAAAUGCAUAUUGUUAACAUCUUUUUGCCUUAAAAUAAAAAUGAAAAUGUUUAUCUGAACUUAAAGAAUUAUGGUAUUACAUGAGCAUAACUGUCACUAAGACUAAUGUCAGUUUCAUUCCAUGUUGUCUAUUACUUACAAUUGAGAUAAGAUGCUUUAUGGUGUAUCUCUUGUCCUUCUUUAACUUGAGAUUUCCCACCCCCAAAUUUGAAGCACUUGUAUUCGUUAUUUUGGAAUUUUAGGAACAAAUAAGAAUUUUUUUUCUUUUAAAGAUUUACAAGUUGUGAAUAUACUGUUAACUUGAAUUCUAUAGUAGUAGAAUGCUCUUUUACUCCAAAUACACAUUUUUGAACACUUUAGGAAGGGGUGUAUUCUCAUACUCUUUCGAAAUAGCCUAAAAUUUGGAUCUCUUGGAACCUUUAGCAUCAAUACAGAAAUUCUCUACUGAUUUUUCUCAACAUUUCUACCUUCUAUAGAUAUAUCCCAGAAUGCACAUUACAGGUCUAGACUGAGGUUCUGGCUACCUCAUUUAAAGCCCAUCCUCAAUCUCCCACCUUUCCUAUCCUUUGUACUAACAAUAGAAGAAGGGAUGGUUUUGAGGGAGGGAAUAUAUGCUGAUUGGUGUAGCUGAUUUUCUUUUUACUUGUUUAGUUUCCCCUUAAUCUUAUUUCUAGGCUCUGUGCCUAGAAACUCAAUAUACAAAGACCAAACUGAAAUGGUUCCUGCCCUCCAGGAGUUUUUCUUCUAUUGAGUAGUAAAUUAAUACUGGAUAAUUCAUAGAUUAGAGGUUGUGAUUUAGACCACUUACUAGCCAAAAGAUUGGCUAUUUCGAGCACAUGUAUCAUAGUGUUGUAAAUCAGGCUAAGCCACUAACUUCCAAAAGUCACCACUCACUGUCUUUGGCUUCCUGAAUUCUUCCUCUGGCUACCCCAAUUAGAGAUGGCAAGAAAGCACAAAUGCAUACAUAACCCACUCACCCACAUCGUAUGAAUCCUCCAUGACGGAGAAAUACAGUAUGAAAUUAGCAGCAGCUUCAGGGUUUUGUUUUGGUUUUUAGUGGUGGUACUUGUGGUGGUUCUUUAAAGUUACAACUAAUAAACUCACCUAAAUAAAUAAAAUUUAACCAAG